AUGACAUCGAUAAAACACGUUCAUAGGAAAUACGCGUCAUCUUCUCGAAACGCUUCUGACUGGAAGAACAUCUACAUCAUCAGUCUCUUUGCUUUCAUUGACGCUCUUCAGUUCGCAUUUUUUGUCUGGACUUUCUGGUCAUAUUGUCAGCAGCUCGACCCUUCGUUGUCGGCGUCAUUCGUCGGUUUGAUCAUGGCCGUCUCGGGAGUGGGUGAAGCUGUGGCGGCGCCGAUCCUCGGAUACUGGACAAAUUGCAGUAGCAAAGUUGUACCACCAUUGAUGUCUUCAGUAGGGAUGUCCAUUGUUGGCAGUGUCAUCUAUAUGUGCCUUAAUAAAGUGCCACUGGUGUGGAGAACCUAUGGACUUCUAUUAUCCAGAUUUCUUAAUGGGGCAGGAAGUGGAAAUCGUGGUACGUAUUUCGCCUAUAUUGCUGCAGCAAGCGAGGCGCCGGAUCGUGCCCGUUCCAUGGCGCUUUCAGGUGGUGGCGCACUAAUCGGACUAAAUGUUGGGCCAGCAGUACAAAUGAUGUUUACGUGGAUCGGCGACGAAGGAGUCGACAUCGGUUUCAUGCGACUUUCCAUGUACACUGCACCAGCAUUACUUGCCAUCCUGGUAAAUGUGUCGUGUGCACUCAUCCUGCUCUUCUUCUUGGACGAUGGUCUGGAUCGGUUCAGCAAUCCGGACACGGACAGUGUUUCCGCUUACAGUAUCGCCGCGGCCAGUGAUUCCGAUUUAGAGCGGAAUGUUGUGCACCCGAUAAGAGUGAAUAUGCUGGCGGUUGUUGUCUGUAUGUGGACGAGGGCUGCUAGAAUGCUUAUCACCGCUAACAUUGAAAGCACUGGUUCACCGUUCUCAGAAGUGAUGUUCGGUCUGGACAACGAGCAAGUGUUGAACUACAAUUCGUUGACACAAGGAGCGGUCGGUGCUCUUACGGCCGUCAUGGUAUCGGAACGUAUGAACUGUUUGUGCGCGAUGAUAGCAUUGCUCGUCUUCCAUCUGCUUACAUUCUCAUGGCCAUUUCUUCCUGGAGAACUACCAACUGAUUGCAAUAAAUACAGUGGAAUAAACGGUACGCAAGUUUGGGAAUGGUGCUGGAGUCUGAGACCGAUCAAUUUCUGGCUUUACUACAUCAGUUACGCGGUGAUUUUCGGUAUCGGACUGCCGUGCUUGAAUAAUUCACUCCAGUCGCUAUACAGUCAAGUUCUCGGCAAAGGUCGACAGGGAACAAUGCAGGGUGUCAAUCAGGCUGUUGGAUGUGUGUCCCGCAUCUUGGGUCCUUUGUUGAUGUCGUGCGCUGUCUAUCAACGUCUCGUUCCAAGUGUCGAAAUCAAGAAGCGCAACAUUACGCUAAGUGCGGAUGGCGUAGGGAAUUUGGCCUAUAAAAAUUUAUCACCGAACACUCAGUUUUCGAUGAUCAGCUAUGGGAAAUAG